ACGGCGAAAUAAGGCCUUCUGUCGUGCUCUCUCCCUUCCACCUCAGCCCAUCUCUCACAAUGGCAUCUAAACGAGCAGGACUUCCCUCUCUCAACUCGAUCUCUAGGAAGGAGGGCUUGCAGCCAGUCAAGGUCCAGCGUUAUCGCGCAGGCAAGGCGCCGGAGGGCUAUGUCGAUCCAGCACUAGAGUCCUCUGACGAGGAGGAUGAGGCCGGUACAUCAGCACGCGGUGGUCGCACAGGCAUCAACGUGGCCAUCGCACAGGAAGAAAAGCCAAGAAUGGCUUACCAGGUGCUGAAUAUCGAAAAGAUGACCAGGGAACGACAGGCGGAGAAGGCAUUGAGGGGUCAAAGUGAAGUACAGGGCGCCGCUGCCGCCGCCGUAACAGACAGGCGGUUAGCACGACUCCAGGCAAUGCAGAUGGAAGAUAGGAGAAGUCGUGGCGAUAUCAGAUCAAGGCAGCGUGAUGAAAGUGAUGAAGAUGAGGAAGAAGAAGCAGAGGAGGACGAGGACGAGGAGGAGGACGCAUUGCGGAGGAGGAAAGCUGCGCGAGCUAGAGCGAUGCGUGAACAGGACGAGGAGGAGGAGCUUUGGGGUAAAGGCGAAGAAGAAGAGGAAGAAGGCGACACAGGGCGGAGAGGCAAGGCGCGACGCGAGAGUGAGGAAAGCGAAGGAUCAUCAGAAUAUACCUCAGGAUCAGAGGAAGAAUCUUCAGAGGAUGAUGCGCCAAGGCGAAAGCUCAUGAAGCCCGUAUUUGUACCAAAAUCCCAGAGAAUCACGAUUGACGAGUCAGCAAAUUCAGAUGCUGCAUAUGAGCUGGCAGAGAAGGCUCGCCUCGAAGCAAUUGAGGAGCGGAAAAAGGAAUCGCACCAGAUGCUCAAGGAAUACGUGGCUCGACAAGCGAAUGUGGAGGAAGUUCCAGAUGUGGACAGUCUUGCAGAAGUGGAUGAUACUGACGGACUGGAUGAAGAGGCCGAGUUUGAGCAAUGGAAGCUGAGAGAGCUGAAGAGAAUCAAGCGCGAUCGGGAAGAACUGGAAGCCCGUGAAGCAGAGAAGGCUGAGAUCGAGAGAAGACGAGAGAUGACGGAGGAGGAGCGUGUCAAGGAGGACAUGGAAUAUCUUGCCAAGAAGGCCAAGGAAGAGAAAGCCAUGAAGGCCGCAGGCACAGUUGAGAAGUACCACCACAAGGGUGCCUUCUUUAUGGACACUGGUGAGGCCAUUUUGAAGAGGUCUACUGCCGAGCCUACACCGGACGCGGUCAAGGAUAUCAAAGCCUUGCCCAAAGUCAUGCAAGUCCGCAACUUUGGUCGCGCGGGCCAAACAAAGUAUACAACCUUAAAGGAGCAGGACACAUCACAGCGCUCUGGAUGGACAGAUCCCAUCUCCAGAAACUUGGCUCAAAGACAUCGCAUGGGCGGUUUCAGGGGGGAAGAUUAUAAGAUUGCAAGCAAAAUGAGUGGUCGCGAUAGAGGGCGUGGAGGGCGUGGAGGACGCGGUAAUGGAUCUGGAAGGGAUAACGCAAACCACACACAACUAGGCGAUCGUUAUCCUUCGUCAUCUUCCUCUGGUCGUUAUGACAAGGACAGAUAUGAUGGUGGUAGUAGGGACUAUCACGACCGGGAUAGGCCGAUAGACAGGGAUAGGGUCCGAGACGACCGAGAUGAUCGAGACCGCAGGUCCUCCCGAGACCAUGGUGAUCGCCAUUCAGGACGAUCAUCAUCGUCGUAUCGUGAUAGAGACAGAGCUAGGGGCAGAGACAGAGAUGAUGAGGGCGAAUCCAGCAAACGGCGCCGUCAUUAAAGUAUUCAAAGGAGGUGUCUUUAAACGUUGGAGCGAAACUGGUUGCUGGGGUUAUGCCACUUUAAGUUUAUUUCGCC